CAACUUCUCUUUCCCUUUACACAUCUAUAGAAAAUUCAAACAAACCCCAGUUGACUGUUGACCAAUCAACUCCUACACUCCAUUUUCCCCCAAAACUUGCCUUUUUCUCCACGAACAUGAUGGCUGUUCGUACCUUCUCCUCACUCAUAUCCAUAUGGGUCCAUCUCUAAUUUAACAUCCACUCACCAUCUACACUUUGUUGAUCGAUUUUUGCAUGGUUUCCGUUUUAGUUUUACAAAUCAGCAAAAAAAAAAAAAAAGUGAGAGUGUAACCUGAAGGGUCGAUGAUGGAUACACGAACUGGGUUCUCUGAUUCAACCGAUAUGAUCAGUGGGAGCAGCGGUAUAUCAUCUACACCCACCACCAAUGAAUUUGAACCUCCCCUUAUUCUUUCCGAUGUUUCCGCCCUCGAUCGUCUAUCGGAAACCCUAGAAUCUAUCUUACUGGAACCCUCGAAUUCCUUUGCUGACGCCAAAAUUAUUCUUUCCGGUGGCCGGGAAAUCCCUGUCCACCGGUGCAUCCUGUCGGGGAGGAGCCCCUUUUUCAAGAAUAAAUUUGAUGACAGUUCCAAUAAGGACAAGAAUCGCAAUGUGAAACUGGAGAUGAAGGAAUUAGCUAGUGAUUAUGAAAUCGGAUUCGAAUCUUUAAUUAGUGUAUUGAAGUAUAUGUAUAGUGGUAAGAUUAACGGUUUACCUAAAGAUGCUUGUACUUGUGUUGAUGAAGGUUGUUCCCAUGAAGCUUGCCGACCUGCCGUUGAUUUCAUGGUGGAGGUGAUGUAUGCCUUUCACAUUUUCCAGAUCCCAGAAAUGGUUACUCUCUGGCAGACGCGCAUACUCAACAUUCUUGACAAAGCUUCCGCAGAUGACAUUCUAGUAAUUCUAUCGGUUGCAAACACAUGUGGGAAAUCAUGCAACCAACUUCUUUCCAAAUCCAUCGAAAUUUUAGUCAAAUCAAACGUUGACUUUGUAACUCUCGACAAAGCAUUACCCGAACAAAUAGUCAAACAAAUCAUCGAUUCCCGUUUUGCCCUUGGUCUAGACAAGCCCGGAAGCAGUAGUUUCCCAGACAAACACAUAAAACGUGUCCACCGAGCUCUCGAUUCAGACGACGUUGAAUUAGUCACAAUGCUAUUACGAGAAGGCCAUACAUCUUUAGAUAACUCUUGUGCCCUUCAUUACGCGGUUGCAUACGCGGAUGCUAAAACAACAACCGAGUUACUUGAUUUGUCGCUCGCGGAUGUCAAUUUUAGAAAUUCGAGGGGUUUAACAGUGUUACAUGUAGCGGCAAUGAGAAAAGAGCCGAAUAUAAUAGUGUCACUUCUUACAAAAGGCGCACGCCCGGCGGAUCUUACCCCGGAUGGUAAAAAAGCACUUGAGAUUUCAAAAAGACUUACGAGGGCGGUUGACUAUUAUAAGUCAACCGAGGAAGGGAAAGAGUGUGGGAAAGGUCGGUUGUGUAUUGAGAUAUUGGAACAAGCGGAAAGAAGGAAUCCUUUGUUGGGAGAGGCUUCGGCUUCUCUUGCUAUGGCUGGAGAUGAUUUGAGGGUGAAGUUGUUAUAUCUUGAAAAUAGAGUUGCACUGGCUAGUCUUUUAUUUCCUAUGGAAGCGAAGGUGGCAAUGGAGAUUGCUCAAGUUGAGGGCACUUCUGAAUUCACAUUAGAAAGCGUAUACUCUCAGAAUUUGGCAAAUGCACAAAGAUCGGUGGAUUUAAAUGAUGCACCUUUUUUGAUCAAAGAGGAACAUCUUAUUAGAUUAAGAGCCCUCUCUAAAACAGUGGAACUUGGGAAACGUUUCUUUCCAAGAUGUUCGGAAGUACUAAAUAAGAUAGUUGAUCCGGAAGCACAUAAAUGGAAAAACACUCCGGAAGAGCGAGAAUUAAAGAAGCAAAAAUAUUUGAAUGUUCAAGAAACUUUAAAUAAAGCUUUCACCGAAGAUAAAGAAGAAUUUGACAAGUCAUACACAAUAUCUUCUUCAUCUUCAUCCACAUCUGGAGUUGUAAAUCCAAACACUACUCCGUUUACUUUCCAAAAAUAGCAACUCUAUUAUGAUAUAAGUGUAAUAUUGUAUCAUGUAGUUACAAAUUCAACUCUUGUUACUUGUAAAAUUUAUUUGUUAUUGUGGCCAUUUUUAGGUUACAUUUUUAUCAAUAAGAGCUUUUGUAUAUUGACCCC